UUCAGAACUAGUUUCACAGUGCAGGGAUUGUGGCACAGCUCAAGUUGAUAUCGCAAAGCUUAACAGAACAUGGCUUGAAUACCAAGUGAAUUCGACUGGUACAGAAGCCCCGUCGUUACAACCCGACAAAGGAAUAGUUCCAGGUUUGACACAGUAGAAAUCGGGAUUAGUCUACGUGCGUAGUUUUAGGAGUCCGGCUAGAACGCUAUAUCCAAUUGCAUACUGCAGCACCUCCUCGGGACCAUGAUAACAACCUUUGCACAAAUCGUGUUGUUUUGAUAUCGGUACUGUGAAUCUGAGGACUUCUUGACGAACCCGACUUGUGUCGUCGAUUAGCCACGGACAAAACCUCGGUCAGAUGAAUUCUUUGGAUUUAGCGAGACUUAGUUGAUGAUGUUGGUGGGUUUUGCCUGAAUGUUGGAUUAGGUGAACAGAGAAGGCGUCGGUGAGAAGGCUCUUCUAAAAGCAUCUGAAACUACUCCCAGGAUGUCUAACAGAUCUUUUCUCAGACUACCUGUCGUUUGCAUCCUGAGUCAACUGUACUUCUAUUUCAUCCUGUGUCGCCCCACCCUAGCCUGCCCUGUGAGAUGCGAUUGUGAAGUCAAGGGUGAGGUCAACUGCACAGACGUCAACUUGGAAGGCCUGCCCUCCUCCGACUUGCCUUCAAAUAUCCACUUCUUGUACCUUGGUUCCAAUUUCAUCAGUUCAGUGAAUGAGGAUGACUUCCAGGACUUAUCCGACCUGAAGCAGCUUCACCUGGCCCGGAACAGGAUCUCGCAACUGCAGACUUCGGCCUUCCGCCCGCUGCAGAUACUCCAGGUUCUGGAUUUACGGUUCAAUAGGAUCAACCAGAUACCAGAUGAUGCCUUCACUGGUUUGGUCAGUUUGAUUGAACUCAACUUGGGCGGCAAUGGCAUCGGGUCAAUCAGCAGGGAUGCCUUUGCCGAGAUGCAGAGCUUAGAGGUUCUAAACCUGAGCGACAGCAAUCUAAGAGUCAGCGGCCUGCCUGCGGGUUUGUUUCAAGGAGCCAGGAACUUGAAGUGGCUUGACAUUGAAGGUUCGGAACUCAGAAGGGUUCCCAAUGGCAUGUUUGAGCAUCUGAGUAAUCUGACUUACCUGGACCUUAGUUGGAAUCGUGGUAUUGACCUAGACAUGCCGUCGCUGUUCAGCAGCUUGCGCAGCAUGCAGACACUCAUCAUGGAAGGGUGUGAGCUGUCGUUUUUGGAACCGUGGUCAUUUGCCGGUUUAACAAGCAUGAUUGAUUUGCAAUUGAGCUUCAAUGCUCUUCAGGAAGCCUUGCCACUAGCUUUGUUUGAGAAAACUCCACACCUACGGAGGAUCCGGCUAAGCAACAACAGUCUCACUCACCUACACGAGCGACUCUUCGAUUCAAUCGACAACCUUCAGUACCUGGAGGUGCUUAACAAUCCGUGGCACUGUGGCUGUGGACUUCUGGGUCUAAGAGCCCGUUGGUCAUACCAACUUCCUGUCUUUUUCCAAAGAGGGUUGGUCUGCCAAUCUCCAGAGCCCUUCCACGGCCGGGAUCUCUGGAGUCUUCCUCUACAUGAACUGUACGACUUCUGCGCCUCUGGCAUCAAGGAAAUGUCUACCAUUACCUUGCGAGGUAAAGGUGAAGGUUUACAGUCCCUAGAUUGCCCAGUCCAUGCAGGGACCAACAUUGCCUGGUUCACCCCAAAUAAUGAAUACAUCACCACUCACAACGUGGCAAUUGGCAAUGAUCCAAACCAACAAAACCUCUCACACAGACUUCUAGCAAAUGGCACCCUUUUAGUAGACAGCAUUCAGCUUGGUACGUACGUAUGCACAGUCACAUUGAGCGAUGGCAGUUACAUCGUGGGAGGCGUUCAGGUAGACAUCGUCCCACUCAAGUCCCCAGGUCCGCCUCAAAUUAACAACCAGAGCAACUUGCAUUUCUUGUUAGCUUUCGCUGUGCUUAUCAUACUCGGUAUCGUCGCAUUAGCAGCCUGGGUAGCCUACCGCAUUCGUCGCCGGUACAGCCGCAGGCGAUACGAUUCUCUGUCCAAGGAGCACGCGCUGAUAGAAAUGCGACCACCGGCACAAAUUCACCCAGAGCAGACCGACUAUGACUACGACUACGCCUAUGCUCACCCGCGAGCACGGCUUGAUCUGACGUCACAUGAAAGCCCGUAUGCCGUUGGUGGUCUGUGCGAGGAACGUCGAUUGAACGUUGGCAGGUCGCUGGUUCCCCGCUGCAGACCCAUCUCGAGAUCCAUGCACGAACGCGGACCCAGGUACUACAACGACUGCGUCCGAGCCGCGCUGCCUCGAACAUCCCAUACGAUCUCGACGGGUGAAGUCAACGGAUACAUCACGCCAAGCCAGAUAACUGCGUACACUAUGAGCGUCAGAUCGUGGAAGAGCCAAGGACAAGAUCUGACAUCAAGGGUGGGAAAAUUUCAAAACCCUAACUGCAAUUGUGUCAGCUUAUCACCGCCGAACAUAAGCAGGCCAGACAGCUCGGACCAUCGCUACCUAGAAAUCGUAUAGGGCCAUCACACACAUGUUGUGUAUAUGCAUGACUUUGUGUACAUGCCACAUAAAUAAUAACACACUGAUGUAUACUCUUAGAUGAACUGAUUAACCUAAAUAGCUACUAAGCACCCAAAAAGUGGUAAGCACCGAAUAUAUAUACAUGUAUCCUUAUCCUUUUGUAUCCUUAUCUUUUUACUGAAUAUACACAAGAGUAUAAUUAAUGUGCUCCAUCAAGAUAACAUACUCAUGUAAAGUAGUUUUUGAGAAAUUAAUGAAUAUCUGCUUGCACAACUUUUUUUGGACACCCUGUAGUUGAUACAAUAACUACUGUUUGUGCUUAUUUUGUUAGAUAUUUCAUUGUGGUGCUGAAAGGGCAUGUGAAGUGAUAUUUUUGUUUUGAAAAACAACCUGGAGAUUUUUCUCUAUUCGCAUAAUAGAACAAUUAAAGAAGCCAACAAAAACAUUUAAUGUA